CAUAUUUUUAAAUACAUUUAUGACUACGCCCUUGUGAUUGUCUUCUUGUGCCCAAGAUUUUCUUUUUUUUUAAAUUUCUUUUUCAAUAAUUAACCCUUUCGUGUCCUCAUGAAGUAUAGAAAUAUUGAAACAUUUGAUCUUUUCAUUGCGAUAGAUAUUGUAUGAAAUUCAACGCAUUUUCUUUUAAGUUGGAAAAACAAUUAAAUUCAUUAAAAAUCUGGAAAAUGCAAUAUUGGGUUAUCCAAUAUUUAUUCGGACUAAGACCCAUAAGAAAAAAAUAGUUUUAUAUGGGAAAAAAUUCGAAUAUUUCACAUUUGGAUAUACGUAUGACCCAAAGAAUGCUAAAGGGUUAAGCAGGAGUUGUUAAAAUACAAAGAUUAAUGUUUUUUUUUAGUAGUUAUUUAAAAUAGUCAUAAUUUCGAAAUAAAUUCCGGAAAAAAUAUUUCUUUCACUUCCAAAUGUCAAAGAACGGAUUCUACGGAAGUGAUUGCUAAUUUAAUUGGUAAAAACUAUGCAAAAAUUGGCAUCCGGAAAAGGAUAAAUGAGUUCCCGGAAUAUGAAAGUCAUACUUCCGGAUUAUUAAAAAUAACGUCUGAAAGAAUGCAAAAUUAGUGUUCUAAGAAAAAUUAGAUUUCUUCGUGAUUUUAUGUAAUUUGUAUACAAAAGAAAAGCAAAAAAUAAUAAUAACUAAAUGCUAAAAAAAAUCCUAUUUAAUGUGCUCAAUUUGAUUUUGAAAUUUAAAAAAAAACCAGAAGGGCAAGCAGAGAAAGAAAAAGGAGUUUUAUGCUGGUUAUAUGUGUAUUAAAAUCAAUACAUUUAUUUCCCAAAAACCAUGUACCUAUAUAAUAUUAUUUCUCUUCUCUUGUGGAAAUUGUGCAAAUAUAAUUAUCAUUAAAAGAUUUAUAACUUCAACUCAGCAUUUCUCCGAUUAAGUCAAUAUUGCCAUAUUGUAACCACCACAUUUCCUCUCUGCAAAUAAUAUUUCUACCCCUUAUUUAAACUCUACCGUUUACUUUUUUAUCUCCUCUCCAUCCCUUCGUGAGUUCUCUUCUCUCAUCUCUGACUCUGAUUCUGUAUGUUAUGUAGGUUUUCACUCAAUCACCCCUCUUUUCGUUUCUUUUCCACCCACUCUCUUCAUCCCCUUCUGCAUCCCUUUUAUUUUUACAUUUCACAAUUUUCACAUUUUCUCUUGCACUUCCCCCUUUUAUGUUAUACUACAAAACGAUAGAAAAAAGGAAAGGAGAAAAAACAACUCAAUAUAGGAUCACAAGUGCAGGAAUCAACCUUUUUAAAAAACUGAUUUGUCUGUUUUUUUUUUAAAGGUUUGAAGGGCGAAAUGUCCAUUCAAAAAAAAACUAGGUUUAGGUAGACCAAAAACUCAGACUUUUUUUUUUUAAUAUUUCUGAAAUUUCUGGCAAAGAAAACAUUCAAGAAUGUUAGAUUAUUGACCUUGAUUGAACUCAAGUCCUAAAUAGAAAUCCUGUGUCUUAAUUUUAGAUUCAAAAAACUUCUUCACUCUCUUCACUGAAACUCUGACAAAUUCAUAAUAACUAUAUAAACCAUAAUGUAGGUUCAGUUCGUCAUUUUAAACCGGACUAAAAUGUAAUUUCUUCAUUUGAGAUUCCUGGACUUCUGGAAAGAACUAUUAGCCUUUUAGACAAAAACUCUAGAAUUUUGUUUCAGAUUCUUGGACUUCUGAUCUUGAAAUCAGCUUGAAAAUUAACGAUUUCUAGACUUUUGAACACAAAAUCAAUCUAAGAAUUUCAGAUUUCUGAACUUCUAGACAAUAUAUUCUGUCUUUUUAUUUUCAAAUUCCAGGAAUUCGGGAUUAAAUUUCAUCUCCUUUUAUUAAGAAAUAUUAGACUUCUGAGCAGAGUCCUUCUUUUUUUUGUUGUCAGAUACUUUGACUUCAAGACAGAAACUCAUUCUCUUCAUUUAAGAUUUCUGAGGUUCAGAACAGAAUUUUGGUUCUGAUUCAUUAGAUUCCUGAAUUUUAAGGCAGAUAUUCCGUUCCUCUCAUUUCGGAUUCUUAAAUUUCACUUUUUUUUUAGAAAUACCUGAAUAUUCUUACUUAGAAAAAUCAUUCAUUAAAUACGUCAAAUUAAAAUGAAAUUAAUCCCCCCCAAAAUUCCGGACAUUUCCAUUUUGUUGUCCUCCCUCAAUUAGGAAAAACGAGUUGAAAAUUGUGUGUAAAUUAAUUGAUUUAAUGACUUAUAAAUUAAUUAAAAUUAAAUUGAAUUAUAAAGCUCCAAUUUUGUAAAAUGAUAAAAGAAAUUUUUUAUAUGAUUUGUAAAAAAAAAGAGAGAUAGGUUACUAUUUGUAUUACUGCCACAGAAAAUUGCUGGGAAAAUCCACCCCCCAUAAGCAUACACAGUGCCUGCCCACACGCCCUCCCUCCUCACCACUGAACAUCCCAAAAAUUUCCAUCCGGAAUCGAGUGGAAAAUCCAAAUAUAUACAUACAGUGAGAUUUAAUGCGUGUGCAAGAGAGGAAGUUAAUUGGGAAUGUUAGUGUCAAUAUUAAAUGAAUGAUACAUUUGCUGUGAUUAAGAGACAAAAUGAAUUACAUUUCUCUCAUAUUUAAUAUUGUGAUCCCCACACAUACAUAACCACCAUACACAGCAACCUCUCCUCUCUACCCGCAUCCCCUCAUCAUCCAUCCCCCUAAGCGUUCUGUAUGUAUUCAAUGUGCUCAUUUUUAUUGUAAAAAAAUCAUUUUUUUCUUCCUGAGAGAUAAAACUUUUUUUUUAAGCUCUUUAUUUUCCAUUCAGAUAAAUCUUAAUUUCAAAAUAAAAAUUGACUUGCAGUGAUUAAUGUAACACAUGUGUUAGUAUCUCAGUGUACUCCUUAUACAUAUUUUUGGUGCAGUGGUUAAGGCACAAGGCUAUCACAGUGUAAAUCAUGAGUUCAAAUCCAAUGAUGGAAUUUUUUUUCUUCAUCAAUUUCCUCAAUUUCCUUCCCAAAACACUUUUUCCUAUGCAAUAAAAAUUCUAAAAAUCAAUUUUUCGUAAAGUAGAAGAAACUUUUCUUCUGAAAUAAUGCAAAUGUCUGAAAAAUUGCAUUUAACAUUUACAUUAAAUUCAGUCUAAUUUUGAUUGUCUGUCAGCCAACCCCAUUGAAUUUAAUAAAAAAAAGAUAAAAUUAAAAAUUCGAAUAAAUAUUGGACAAACCAAUAUUACGGAGCGAACCUCUUGCAUACACAUUGCUUUCUUUUCAUCCAAUUAGACAAAUUUACCGCGAAAUGUUACAUUUUCAUUUUCACCAUAUUUUCUAUCUCACUUCUGGUGCGCGCCAAAUUCAAAUUAUUAUAUAUUUUAUUUUAAAAUAGUUUCUUUAACAACAAAAACUCUCACACUUUCCUGCAAAAAUCACUGUUUUUCGUUAAAAAAAAUUUUUUUCUCAUUAGAAUAUUUUAUACUUUUAUACGGAGCAAACUUCCUUGCAUACCCUUUGCUCUUUUCCCCUCAUUUCCAUUUUCACCAUUCAAAAUCACCAUCUUUUCUAUCUCACCUCUGGUGCGCGCCAAAUUCAAUUUAAAUUCUUUUUUUUAUAGUUUUCCUAACAAUUCUAGUUUUUCGUUAAAAAAAUUGUUAUUUUCUCAUUAAAAUAUUUCUUUCUUUGGAACUUUAUCAUGCUUAAUUAGAGAGAGAAUUUAUAUAUUUAUUUUGUCAGCAAAUUUGACUUUAUAUUAAUUAAAUAUUCCUCUCCAUUUCAUAUAAUCUCUAUAUUACACAUUCACAUUUGAAUUUUCUCUGUGUGAAAUUUAAUCAAAUCACGCUUGAAUGAUUGAAAAACAAUUCAGCAAAAUGAAGAACAAACAGAUGAAUUUUCAAUUGAAUGAUUUCCCGAGAUUUUUCUGUAAUGUACACACACCAUUCAAUUGGAAUUUCUCUCUCUCUCUCCCAGUUCUCCUUCCUUUUUUUUCUCCGGAAUAAUACCUGCGCAGAUUGGCUUGGUAUCUUUUGAACAAUUUGUGGAGGUUAAAAGGGAUUUAGGGAAUUUUUCUUUAAAAUAAAAAGUAGCUUAAUCAUCUUAUUAGACACAUUUUCAUCCCUCCCCGUAAAAAGUCUCUCAAACAUUAGCAUUUUUUGCUCCUUUUUUUAUCAACAAAUUCCUCCUGGAAAAUUGGAGGGGAAGGUCCUUUUUUUUAGGGAGGAGGGGUAAGUGAGGAGAAAAUGCGCCCUAGAGUGAAAAUCACGCGCGUUUUCUGGCCAAUAUAAAACCUCAUGUUACAUCAAAAUACCCUUCAGUUGCAAUUCAGACAAUCCUCUUGCAUUUUCCACCGGAUUCUCGUGGAUUUUUUAGUCGCUCUCUCAUUCACAUUUUUUUUACACCGCUCGCGUAAAGUACUCGUGCUCUCUCCAGGAAAUCCUGCAGUGCUUCGUGUACAACAUUUUUUUUUUUAUUAUUCAUUUAAUUGUGUUUGCACUUUUUUUUUCCUUUCCCCACCAAAUACACAUACAGAGAACACAAAAAAAAUUAAAUCAGCGAAAAUGCGUCUAACGAACGAGAACGCACCAUCAAAUUAAUUACAAACCAAUUAAUUAUUCAAAACUCAGAACAUAAAAGCCUUCGCGUAAUAUUUGUAUAUGGAGAUUUUUUUUUGGUUCAUUCUGUGUGUUAAUAUUCCUUUUUUUUCUCUCUCUUCUUCCCUCUCAAAUUGACUCCAAAAUCCAACAGAUAGACUUGUCAAGAAGAGAGAAUUACUAAAGAAAGAAAAACAAAAAAAAUCUAUCCACGAUUUUUUUGUCAUUUAAAUUCCUUUUUAUUAAAAAUGUGCUGCAAUUAAAAAUUCAAAUGAGAAACAGAAUGGAAUAGAAAGCUCUUCAAGCUCCUCUCAAGAUUUCAAGCACAGCAGUGAGGGGACAUCAAAGAGAACUUUCAAACGUGACUAUUAGCACAUUUUAAUAUUUUUAUGGUGCACUAAUUGGUUAAAUAUAAUUUUGCAAAAUGCGAGAAGAAGUGUCAAUGAAGAAUUUUAAUGGAACGACACAUUUUCUUUAGAAGAAGAAGAAGCAAUCAAAGCCAUUUGUUUUCUUUCUCUCUCAUUUUUAAUUUAGUUUUAAAAUUGAAUUUAAAAGAAUUCUAUUGAAAGUUCUAAAGAAGUUUCUUUGACUUUUACAGGAUUUUUUUUUAGUUUUAAAAGAAUUUUAUUGAGUGAAAAGGAAUUUAAGAAUUUUAUUCUUAAUUUUUAAGUAAUUUUUUUGAACAUUUAUGAACGUUUCUGCGUCCCCAAGAAUUUUAUUUAUACUUUCAAAGGAAGUUUAAGGUGUUAUUAGAUUGAGAAAUUGGGAAUUUUUGAAAUUCUCCUUCCGGUGUUAUUAGAAUUUUUUGCAGUUUCUUGCUAAUUUCUUAAGAAAAUUCAAUUAAAAGAAUUUUUUUGAAAAUUUCGAAGGAUUUUCUAUGAUUUUUUAAGAAUAUUUUACUUUUUUUAGUUUCAAAAAAAAUCUAUUGAGUAAAAAAAAAUUAAGAAUAUUGGUUUUAGUUAAAAAAAAAUGAGUAAAAAAAAUUAAGAAUUUAAUUUUUAAUCUAAAAAUUUUAUUCUUCAUUUUAAAGUAUGUUCUUGAAUUUUUGUGAAUGUUCUUGCAUUCCAAUAAUUUCAUUUACUUUUAAAAGAAGUUUAUGGAGUUAAAAAGAUUUUUUUCUUAAUUUUUUAAGUAGUUUAUCAAACUAUUCUAAAUGUUUUUUGAUUUUUGAAAAACUUAACUCAUUUUACGCCCAGAAAUAAGCCCUAAAUAAGCUUAAAUGAUCAGACUACAACAAAUAUUCUUUAAAAAAAAUACUUCUAUGACUAAUAAAAAUGAUUAAAAUACAAAGUUUCAUUAAAAAGUGCUAAAUAAUUAUCAAAAAAAAACUAAAUAUGUGUUAAAUUACUGAGAAUAAAACUCUUGUGAACGUUACAGAAUCUUCAAAUAUUUGUUUCAAUUUUAUAGUGCGCACGGACUGUAAAUGUGUUAACCCUUUGAGGACUGAUGAAAACAUAAAAUUUCAUAAAAUUUUGUGAAACAACAAUUAAUAAACAUACGAAAAUUAUGUGAAAGUUUUACAUAGAAUUUAUACUGGACACAUAUAUUUCAUUCGUUUUUUCGCAAUACAUGAAAUUUUGAAAAAUUCCAUGAAAUUUUGGAAAUAUUUGAAAAUCUUUGAAAAUAAACGUGAAAAUGUAGGAAAUUUUCAAUAAAUUUUAACUAAAAGUGCAUAAUAUUGAGUUCUGUGUCUCGCUAAAAUACCAGAGAUUUUUAUUCUUGUAAAAUUAGACAUAUUUUUACGGUUAAAGUUUUUGUAAACCCCUAAAACCCCAAAUAGCUCUUGAUUUAUAGCAAAUAAAAAAUAAAGAUUUUUUAUAAAGACUUUUUAAAUGAACAAGCAAUGUUUUGUCCUCAUUCAUAUUGUGAAAACUCAAUUAUUCUUUUAAUUUGACAAUAGCUAGCAUCUAAACUAAAUUCUGCUUUAAAUUAAUCACUUAUUACUUGAACUAUAACAUUUAAUUUUCCCCAGACGAAAAAUAGCUAAAAUACAAGACUUAAUAAUAAUAUUAAGAUCACAAUUUUCUUAAUAAAAAGAAGCCCUUACGUUUGAUUUAACCUGAGAGCCCCCUCUUACUUGCUUUUCAUAAUGGAAAAAAUCAAAUUUUUCAUCAGAAAAAAUGCAAAGUGCUCGUUUAUCGAUUUCAUUUGCGUUUUUUCUUGUGAUUUAAAUUCAGAAUUACAUUUUAAAAAAUCCAAAAUCAUAAAAUUCGUCCUCAAAGGGUUAAUAAUGCUUCACAGAUAAUCUUCAAAAACAAAGACGAAAUAACCGACAAAAUAAAUCAGAAAAGAUUGAAAAGGAGAAAAAUGUUCAACUACUGGAACGUAGCAGCAGCAGGUCAUCCAAUCCCCGAUCUUAUCCUUGAUAUUGGAUCACCUCCAGCCAAGAGAUUUGCCGUGCACAGCUCCGUGGUUAUCCAUCAUAGUCACUACUUAAGGAAUCUCAUUGGUGACUGCAGAGAUUCUACUACACCGGAGAAGACACUCUACCUCCCAACAAUUUCCAGUGAACAAUUCAGUAUCCUGCUGAACUACAUGUACACCGGAUUCCUGGAUAUUGGACCUGAGACCGUCUUCAGUGUCCUCCUAGCCGCCCAUACGCUGCAUAUGCCAAAAGUUCUCGAACUCUGUACAUCCUACAUGCUACAGAAUCAACUCCGGGAGGAAUGGACGGGUGGUAACUACGGGGGUAAUCCUUCUGUCUUGGCUGCUGCUUGUGGUGAUGCCACAACCAAUGAUGAGGGGAAAAUACAUCAGCAAUGCGUGAAAAUUGUCAAACCAAUUGCAAGUAAAGCACAAAGAGCUGAUUUUAGCUUCAUCUCCUCACCAGCAGCUUGUAUUCUCCUUCCGAGUGCUUCAGAGACACCCUUUAGGGCUGUUAAUACGUCGGUAGUGGCCAAUGAGGGUGGCAAUGCAGUCAAGAGCCCCCCAACAUGCCUCCGAGACAGGAAUGCACCAACCCCAUCGAAUGCAUCACAAUGCAGCGACAACAACAACCCCAAAAGUGACACAAACAACACAUCUCGUGCCAUUGUGGACAUUGCUAGUUGCGAUGGACCCGUACGCUUCCGUCGUGUCCUCAAUCUUGCCAUCUUUCACGACACAUCAUCCCAGCAGCAAGAGGAUGAUGAAGAAUCCCAAAAUAUUCCAACAAAGCUCAAUAGCAAGACAACAACAAAUCAACAGCAGAGCAACGAAGUCUUUUCCUGCCUUCACUGCAAGCACACAUUUCGCUCACAAUAUUGCUACCUAAAGCACGCCAAGAGGCACCUCUAUCCACCAGAUACAACACCCAAAUCCCCGCAGCAGCAGCAACCCUCCUCCAAAUCUCCCAGCAUCCCCGAUGAGGCUACUCACAGCACCAACGUCCAAUACUAUCCGUGCAAAAUAUGCGGUUGCAAAUUCCCCAGCUACUACUUUGUCCACAAGCACCGAAAACUAUGCCAUCGGGGCUCAAGCAGCGAAGAAUAGAACCACCCCCACCACCCACAGGAAAAAAAGGGACACCUUUAUCGCCAAUCAAUUGAUUCAUUCAGUAUGAAUAAAUAAUAAAAAAUUCACCCACCGCACAUUCAUACAAAAAACCAACCCUUCU